AUGGCUGCAACUCUUGUAAAACCUCCUAAUUCAACUUAUACAUUUUCAAGUCAACCCAAAGCAGUUCAACAGCAGCAAGGGCAACGACAAAAAUUCCGACAACCAGUAAUAAAUCAAUCAGAUGAAAACAGUAUAUUUGGAAAUAUAAUGUAUGAUCGUCGAGUUAUUCGUGGUAACACUUAUGCACUUCAUACACUUCCAGCACAUGCACAACCGGAUCCGAUUGAAAUACAACGUCAACAAGAAGCUAAACGACGUGCUUUAGCAAGACGAAAAGCCCGAGAACAAAUUCGAACCAGAACACCUGAUCCUGUACAUAAUCGUAAAAAUAUUGAUGUACAAACGGAACUUUAUCUUGAAGAGUUAAGUGAUCGAAUUGAAGAAGCUGAUGUUGAUGUUCAAACAGAUGCUUUUCUUGAUCGACCACCAUCACCUCUAUUUAUUCCACAAUCAACUGGUAAAGAUAUUUGUACUCAAAUCGAAACAGGCGAUUUAUUUGAUUUCGAUCUCGAAGUAAAACCAAUCGUUGAAACCCUAGUUGGUAAAACAGUUGAACAAGCAUUGAUAGAAGUUGCUGAAGAAGAAGAAUUAGCUGAAAUUCGUGAACAGCAACGAGAAUAUGAAGAAAUACGUAAUGCUGAAUUAAUUGAAUUACAAAGACUAGAAGAACAAGAAAGACGUUUGAGAGCUGAAAAAGAACGUCGAAUGAAACAAGCACAAGAAGCGCUUCGUUUGGAACAGGAUGUUGCACAAAAGAUAGCUGCUAGAGCUUUUGCCAAAGCUUAUUUACAAGAUCUUGUUCCAAGUGUAUUUAACAAUCUAAGAGAAAAUGGAUACUUCUAUGAUCCUGUGGAAAAUGAAAUUGAAACAUCAUUUAUGCCGUGGUUAAUGAACAAGACAAUGACACACGUGAAUCAAUUAGUUCUUGGGCGAACUAUUCUCGACUCGAUUAUUCGAGAUGUUGUUAAUCAACGCAUCGAUGAUUAUGAUAAAUUGGCUGAAGCACUAAAACAGGCUGUUGAAGGUGGUAUUGAUAUGGGAACAUCAACAGGUGAUAUUGUGCAUAGUUCAGAACAAAAUCUCGAAAACUUGGAAUCAGGUCAUGGAGAAUUAAAUGUCACGAUGGACAAUCAUACGAACGAGGGCGGAGAAGCCAGUAAUGGCGCCUUGCUUAAUGAUGAAACUGAUGAACGUGAAGAAGAACAAACGAAUGCUGAUGAAGACGCAGGUGGUGAACAGUGA